UUGACAUCGCCACCGAACUACCCUAAACGCUACAACUCAGCCGUAGUAACAGCAACGGGCCACAAGAGGAAACCCUCCCAAUAGAGCGAAGAGGCGGAGAAGAAACCCCAGCCAUUUGGACAUCGUACGCCACCUUCUUCGACAUGGAGAUGGCCGACGAAAGGGAGGAGGAGGCGAAGCCGGAGGUUGUCCUGGUGGCGAGGAAGGGCGGGUUCGGUCUCCCCACCGCGUGCCCCGUUUGCCUUCCCGUCUACUGCCACCUCCGAUUCGCCAACGUCGACUUCAAGCUCGAGUUCGAUCGCGCCAACCCGGAUUCCGACCACAUACCAUAUGUUGAAUAUGGGGAUUAUGUCACAUUCAAUAAUGAGAAGGGAGGAGUUAUUGAAUGUUUGAAUGAAGACAACGUUGUAAAGUUGGACUCCCAACUUCCAAAGGACUGUUUUCCUGAUUGGGCAUCAACAAAAGUGAUGAUCAGCACUUGGCUUGCAGAGGCGGUGCAAUAUGAACUUUGGGUGACUUGUGAUAAUACUAUUGCUGAUGACAUAUAUUUCUCUGACCUUCCCUGGCCUAUUGGAAAAAUUCUGCACUGGAAACAAACUCAAGCAGUGAAGCAGCUACAUGGAAUAACCAAACUUAAUGCUGCAGAGAAAGAGGAAGAGAUUUAUCGGAAAGCAAACAUUGCAUAUGAGGCCUUAUCUAUGAAGUUAGGGAGUCAGGUCUUUUUCUUUGAAGGGAGGCCUACUAGUGUGGAUUCUCUUUUCCUUGGACAUGCUGUCUUUGUCCUCCAUGUUUUGCCGGAGACAUCAGUUUUGAGGAGUAGUCUCUCGAAGCAUGCCAACCUUUUAAGGUUUGUGCAAGAUUGUAAGAUUCGAUUGCUAGAAGACAGUUAUUCAUCAGCAACGGGACCUGCAUUUUCAUCUGAUGCAUCGUCAUCAUCAAUACCAAGAAGAAAAGGCUCAAAGCAGAAUGCUAAGACGAAGCCAAAAGAGAAAAGGGAGAGAACAGAAGAAGAGAAAGCCUUUCGAAGAAGAGCAAAGUAUUUCAUUGCAGCACAGGUGGUCUCGAUAGUUAUUUACUUGUCAAUACUUGGAGGGAUGGGAGAUUCUGGGCUUGAGGAUGGCGACGAAGAUGGUCUCACAUACGAGGAGUGAUAACCAUCUGGUCCCUAAUAAUAAUUCUUUCAGCCAUAUGCUCGGGAUAAGAUCUUCGUUUCGAGCUCAGUUGUGGGUGAGAUUUUGCUGCUACGCAUUUGUUUUUUAGCAAUAAACCGUUGAUCACUCUUUUUCCUAUUUCAUAUAUCACCAAUGUAGCAUGUACAAGCUGCCCUUCCAAUUUUCUUGAAGGUGCAAAAGUAGUGUAGUUUAGAAACCUCAUUGGUUACAUCUUCUGAAAAGUUAUUAGUCUUAUGACAGCGUUCUCUAAGGUGGGAAAUCUGCCACAUUAGUUGGAAUUACAAGUGUGAAGUUGUUAUUUUUGCCUA